AUGAAGGAGGAGGAGAAGAGUGAUGGUGCACGUGAUGUGAGUGAGUGAGUGAGUGAGUGAGUGAGUGAGAACUCCUUUCAGAAAUACCAGGGUCUUUGUUCUCAAAGGACAGAGGCCAACUUUUCAAUUCCUCUUACAGAAAAUAAAUAUAAUGAUUGCGAAUACACUGCUUGUGUGAAAUAAAAAAAAUAUAUUUUAAAGGUUCAAUGCAGAAUUCAGUCAAUCCAUGAUGUUUGAAUAGAAAAAGAGGACGUUUUUUUUGCAGUGAAAUAAAGGAAAAUGUUGACAUCUUGAACUGCCUGCCUCUCUGAGCAAUUCCCACCCUCUCUGGAUGGGAUUUAUUUUCUACAGAGAAGGUGACAGAGAUCAAGACCAACAUAUUUGUGACCAGCUUCGGUCCCGUUUCUGAUACUGAAAUGGUAAGGACUUCUUCUCGAUUCAUUCUGCUCUUAAUAGAAACUGAAACAGCUUCCAUCUUCCGGUGCUACUUAUGUAUAAUUGAACAUAUUUUGUAGAUUACAUAUUUUUUACAUUAAAAUUUAGCAAAAUAUUUACUCAUUUCAUCUAUUUGUAAAAUUACGAUUUGAUUUGUCUGUAUUAAUGUCUUGGGGCCGUUUUCCCAGACACAGACUAAGCCUUGACUAAGAACUCAAUGCAUUUUAGGAUUAGGCUUUAAUCUGUGUCUGGGGAAACUGCCCCGUAAUGUCACGAUGUACAUCCAACGACGCCCUGGUAGUUUUCAUAUUGCCAACUGAACCCCUGUCUUGUCCUGUCUGCCCUCUUUGACCUCUGACCUCCAGGAGUACACCAUAGACGUGUUCUUCAGGCAGAGCUGGAAGGAUGAGCGUCUACGUUUCCAGGGUCCCAUGGAGAUGCUACCUCUGAACAACCUCCUGACGUCUAACAUCUGGACCCCAGACACCUUCUUCCUCAACGGGAAGAAAUCUAUCGCCCACAACAUGACCACACCCAACAAACUGCUACGACUGAAAGAUGACGGGACACUGCUCUACACCAUGAGGUCAGUGAGACCCUCAGCAGGGUUUUUUUUUUUUAUGCCACUGUAGAUUUCAGGUCAACGCUCCCACUAAACACUGGUGCUAUGAGUGCACAGGGUUUUUGCCUUAUUUAAUUCGAACACGUGUAUCAACAAUCAUAAGAUAACUUUUCAUUUCAACUCUCAUGAACGUAGAUGUAUGCUCAUUCAAAGCUAGAUCUAAAUUUGAGACCCUGCUCACCAUAAACAAACAAUAAUGCAAAAUAAUCAACAGUAAACAUGAGAUUCCUGGUCAGUCGACGCUAGAAGGUCAUGUAACGUUGUCAUAGAGAUGACUUUGAAUCAUUCCACUGUAGAACUAAAUGCCAUAGGAGUUCUACAGUGUCUAUUGUAUCUCUUGCUGGUUUGUUAUAUGCAGUUUGUUAACUUGUUAUAUAGCUAGUUACAGUAAAUAUACAGUAUAGCUAUACUCUCUCUCUACAUCAUUAUUCAGUUAUAAUAGAGUGAUACUGUCAUUAAUAGUAGAGACUCAAACAUCAAACAGUACGUAUAGCAGCCCCUGGAGAUCUGACUGGUAGACCCCUGCUGUAGGAAUACAUCCUAUAAUACUCCCACAUACACACACACACACACACACACACACACACACACACACGCACACACACACACACACACACACGCGCGCACAUCGAGGCUCCAUUCAGCUCUGAGGGUUACUCUGUCCCAUUCCUCUGCAUGUGGGUCAGAUGAACUGGAAAGUGGAGAGUCAGAAGUCUGUGUUUGUCUUGACCCGUUGCUCUGCGGUAGUGGAGGAAGACAGGCCAGGCAAAAGGACUGUGCCCCAAAUGGCACCCUAUUCCCUACAAAAGUGCACUAUCACUACUUUUGACCAGAGCCCGACUAUAGGGAAUAGGGUGCGAUUUGGGAAGCUGCCAGGGUCUCCCUCCUCCUGCCCUCCUCUCUCUCUCUCUCUCGCUCUGUCUGUGUCUCUCUCUCUCUCUCUCUCUCUCUCUCUGUCCUAUGUCUCUAUCUCUCUCUCGUCUCUCUGUUAUCUCUGUCUCUCCUUCUCUCUCUAUCUCUCUCUCUCUUUCUAUGAUCUCUCUCUCUCGUUCUCUCUCUCUCUCUCCUCUCUGUCGGUAUGUACUGUCUGUCUGUCUGUCUGUCUGUCUGUCUGUCUGUCUGUCUGUAUGUCUGGUCUGUCUGCUCGCUUCUCUCUCUCUCUCUCUCUAUAUAUCUCUAUCUCUUCCUGUAUAUCAUCUCUCUCUCUCUCUCUACUCUCUCUCUGUCUCUCUCUCUCUCCCUCUCUGUCUCUCUCUCUCUCCCUCUCUCUUCGUGUCUCUCUCUCUUCUCUCUAUGUCCUCUCUCUCUCUCGAUCUUUCUCUCCUCUCUCUCUCUCUCUCUCUCUCUCUGCUCUCCUGUGGUCACUCCCCCCCCAUUCUCUCUCUCUCUUUCUCCCCCCCCCCCUCUCUCAAUUCAUUUCAAUUUAAGGGCUUUAUUGGCAUGGGAAACGUGUGUUAACAUUGCCAAAGCAAGUGAAAUAGAUAAUAAAUAAAAGUGAACAUAAACAUAUAAAUAUUAAACAGUAAACAUUAAACUCAGAAGUUCCAAAAAGAAUAAUGACAUUUCAAAUGUCAUAUAUGUCUAUAUACAGUGUUUGUAACAAUGGGCAAAAGUUAAAGUACAAAGGGAAAAUAAAUCAAACAUAAAUAUGGGUUGUAUUUACAAUGGUGUUUGUUCUUCAAUGGUUGCCCUUUUCUUGUGGCAACAGGUCACAAAUCUUGCCGCUGUUGUUGCCUUGGCUACUGGAUCUUUUUUGGAACACCAUUAUUUAUGUCUUACUGAGAUUCACUGUCAGGGCCCCGGUCAACUCCAUCUCUCCCCCCUCGCUCUCUCUCUCUACAACUCCAUCUCCUCCCCCUUGCUCUCUAUCUCUACAACCUCCAUCUCUUCCCCCCCUCGCUCUCUCUCUCUACAACUCCAUCUCUCCCCCCUCCGCUCCUCUCCUUACAAACUCCAUCUAUCACCCCUCGCUCUCUCUUCUACAACUCAAUAUCUCCCCCUCUGCUCUCUUCUCUACAACUCAUUCUCUCCCCCCUCGCUCUCUCUCUCUACAACUCCAUCUCUCCCCCCUCGCUCUCUCUCUCUACAACUCCAUCUCUCCCCCCUCGCUCUCUCUCUCUACAACUCCAUCUCUCCCCCCUCGCUCUCUCUCAAACUCAUCUCUCCCCCCUCGCUCUCUCUCUCUCCCUCUCUACCACUUUAUCUCCCCCCCCCCCCCCCCUCUCUCUCUCUCUCGCUCUCUUCUCUUAUCUUGGAGUGUCUGCCCUCAUUAACCACUGUACUACAACGGCACAACGGCACAGAGACAUAGAAAAAUAAAAAUCAACUGCUCCUACUACAACCCUGCUGAUGUUUUUUUUUUUGGGGGGGGGUAGAUCAGCUUUAAUAUUUCAGAUAGAUUGUAACUUCCAUCAAUGUAAUUUUCUCGCAAAUAUAUAUAUACAGUGGGGAGAACAAGUAUUUGAUACACUGCCGAUUUUGCAGGUUUUCCUACUUACAAAGCAUGUAGAGGUCUGUCAUUUUUUUAUCAUAGGUACACUUAAACUGUGAGAGAUGGAAUCUAAAACAAAAAUCCAGAAAAUCACAUUGUAUGAUUUUUAAGUAAUUAAUUUGCAUUUUAUUGCAUGACAUAAGUAUUUGAUACAUCAGAAAAGCAGAACUUAAUAUUUGGUACAGAAACCUUUGUUUGCAAUUACAGAGAUCAUACAUUUCCUGUAGGUCUUGACCAGGUUUGCACACACUGCAGCAGGGAUUUUGGCCCACUCCUCCAUACAGACCUUCUCCAGAUCCUUCAGGUUUCGGGGCUGUCGCUGGGCAAUACAGACUUUCAGCUCCCUCCAAAGAUUGAAGUGUACCUAUGAUAAAAAUUACAGACCUCUACAUGCUUUGUAAGUAGGAAAACCUGCAAAAUCGGCAGUGUAUCAAAUACUUGUUCUCCCCACUGUACAUACAUACAGUGAGGGAAAAAAGUAUUUGAUCCCCUGCUGAUUUGUACGUUUGCCCACUGACAAAGAAAUGAUCAGUCUAUAAUUGUAAUGGUAGGUUUAUUUGAACAGUGAGAGACAGAAUAACAACAAAAAAAUCCAGAAAAACGCAUGUCAACAAUGUUAUAAAUUGAUUUGCAUUUUAAUGAUGGAAAUAAGUAUUUGACCCCCUCUCAAUCAGAAAGAUUUCUGGCUCCCAGGUGUCUUUUAUACAGGUAACGAGCUGAGAUUAGGAGCACACUCUUAAAGGGAGUGCUCCUAAUCUCAGCUUGUUACCUGUAUAAAAGACACCUGUCCACAGAAGCAAUCAAUCAAUCAGAUUACAAACUCUCCACCAUGGCCAAGACCAAAGAGCUCUCCAAGGAUGUCAGGGACAAGAUUGUAGACCUACACAAGGCUGGAAUGGGCUACAAGACCAUCGCCAAGCAGCUUGGUGAGAAGGUGACAACAGUUGGUGCGAUUAUUCACAAAUGCAAGAAACACAAAAGAACUGUCAGUCUCCCUCGGCCUGGGGCUCCCAUGCAAUAUCUCACCUCGUGGAGUUGCAAUGAUCAUGAGAAUGGUGAGGAAUCAGCCCAGAACUACACGAGAGGAUAUUGUCAAUGAUCUCAAGGCAGCUGGGACCAUAGUCACCAAGAAAACAAUUGGUAACACACUAUGCUGUGAAGGACUGAAAUCCUGCAGCGCCUGCAAGGUCCCCCUGCUCAAGAAAGCACAUAUACAUGCCCGUCUGAAGUUUGCCAAUGAACAUCUGAAUGAUUCAGAGGAGAACUGGGUGAAAGUGUUGUGGUCAGAUGAGACCAGAAUGGAGCUCUUUGGCAUCAACUCAACUCGCCGUGUUUGGAGGAGGAGGAAUGCUGCCUAUGACCCCAAGAACACCAUCCCCACCGUCAAACAUGGAGGUGGAAACAUUAUGCUUUGGGGGUGUUUUUCUGCUAAGGGGACAGGACAACUUCACCGCAUCAAAGGGACGAUGGACGGGGCCAUGUACCGUCAAAUCUUGGGUGAGAACCUUCUUCCCUCAGCCAGGGCAUUGAAAAUGGGUUGUGGAUGGGUAUUCCAGCAUGACAAUGACCCAAAACACACGGCCAAGGCAACAAAGGAGUGGCUCAAGAAGAAGCACAUUAAGGUCCUGGAGUGGCCUAGCCAGUCUCCAGACCUUAAUCCCAUAGAAAAUAUGUGGAGGGAGCUGAAGGUUCGAGUUGCCAAACGUCAGCCUCAAAACCUUAAUGACUUGGAGAAGAUCUGCAAAGAGGAGUGGGACAAAAUCCCUCCUGAGAUGUGUGCAAACCUGGUGGCCAACUACAAGAAACGUCUGACCUCUGUGAUUGCCAACAAGGGUUUUGCCACCAAAUACCAAGUCAUGUUUUGCAGAGGGGUCAAAUACUUAUUUCCCUCAUUAAAAUGCAAAUCAAUUUAUAACAUUUUUGAAAUGCGUUUUUCUGGAUUUUUUUGUUGUUAUUCUGUCUCUCACUGUUCAAAUACACCUACCAUUAAAAUUAUAGACUGAUCAUUUCUUUGUCAGUGGGCAAACAUACAAAAUCAGCAGGGGAUCAAAUACUUUUUUCCCUCACUGUACAUAUAUACAUAUACAUACACACAUACACACAUACAUAUAUAUAUAUAUAUAGAUAUAUAUAUAUAUAGAUAUAUAUAUAUAUAUAUAUAUAUAUAUAUAUAUAUACAUCCAUACACACACACACCCACAUAUCCUUUUUUAAAUUAUAUUUCCCUUCAUUACUUUCCAACCCCACCACCCCUUCCCCAAUUGGAGUAAACUAGUGAACAACAACGCUUAGGCCUCUACUUCCAGUUUAUACAUACUAUAUACAUUUUAUGGACACAGUCAAAUUCUACAAUAAUUAUAUUUUGUUUGUUUUUACUCCUGAACUUCCUCCGAUCAUUUUCAUGAUGUCCAUCCGGUUUGCUUCUAUAUGCCAUAUCUUUCUAACUGUGCUCUUUCACUAAAGCUCUCAACCUAGAACCUAUAUACUUACUAUGGACACAGUAUGCUUUACAUUAGUUAUCCUGUUGUUAUUAGUUGUUGUUAUUAGUCCCAUCCUUCAACUCCAUUCAACACCACCCAUCUAUCUCUUAACACCAUCCAUAUUGGAUUUCUAUUUGCCAUAUAUUUUUCAACUGUACUGUGAUGUUUUACAAAAGUUCUGAACCUUUCUAUUCUCAUUGUUUCUACAGAUCGUAAAUUGAAUAUAAACAUUUUUGCUAAAGGUAUUAUUAUAUUAUUGAUCGAUUGACUAUGACUUUUCAGAUCACCCAGGUAGUGCUAUCUGCAGGGUUAGCUCCAGGUAAAUAUUGCAAUCCUUUAGCCAUUCCUGGACCUGUGUCCAAAAAAAAGCUACAAAUGAACAGUACCAAAACAAAUGAUCUAAUGAUUCUGUCUCUUCGCAGAGAAAUCUGCAGAGCUGGGAAGAUUGCAUCCCCCAUAUAAAUAACAUUCUAUUGGUAGCAAGAAUUUGAUAUAAUAAUUUAAAUUGAAAAAUACUAAGUUUUGAAUCCGUCGUCGUUUUGCGUAUCAAUUCAUAAACACUAUGACAUGGAAUCGGUAAGUCAAAAAUCUCUUCCCAACUAUUUUGCAAUCGAUAUGGGACGGCUGUCAAUCCUUUGGUCCUUAAAUGAAACUGGUAUACUUUUUAAUUUAUCACAAAUUUCUUUAACCAAUUAUAUUAUUUCAUGCAGGGCCAACAGACAAGUUCCUUACUUUUUCCCCCUUCCACUUUCCCUUUCCAUUUUUGCGGUAAUGCUGCAAUUAUUUGGUUGUAAUUUUGGGUAGAGCAGACAUUUCCAUAUGUUAUUGUUAGCUGCAAGUGCAACAUAACUCCACCAGUCCUACCGAUAAUAUCAUUUACGAAGAUUAUACCUUUUUUAAACAUUUUGUCAAAAAAAAGAAGUUUUUUUUAUCAAUUAGUAUAUUUGAGUUUUAACUUAAAAUUGCAACCAACGUUCUAUGGCUUGUUUUAGAAAUAGUGAUAUUUGGGAGAUUAUUUCCUUUUCAAAUAACUUAAAGUGAGAGGUUGUAAUCUGAAUAAAGGGGAAAAGGCCAUUGUUGAACAUUGGGUGAGACAAUCUUACUAAUUUGCUAGAGAACCAGUUUGGAUUUAAGUAUAACUUUUGUAUGACUAAAGUUUUUAGUGAAAGUUCUAAUGCUUUAAUAUUUAAUAAUUUCUGUCCUCCGAAUUGAUAUUAAUUAUAUAAAUAGGCCCAUUUAAUUUUGUCUGACUUGCCGUUCCAAAUAAAAUUGAAUAUUUGUUUCUCAUAUAAUUUAAAAAACUGUUUGCUAGGCAUAGGCAAGACCAUAAGCAAAUAGGUACAGUGGGGAAAAAUAGUAUUUAGUCAGCCACCAAUUGUGCAAGUUCUCCCACUUAAAAAGAUGAGAGAGGCCUGUAAUUUUCAUCAUAGGUACACGUCAACUAUGACAGACAAAUUGAGAUUUUUUUUCUCCAGAAAAUCACAUUGUAGGAUUUUUAAUGAAUUUAUUUGCAAAUUAUGGUGGAAAAUAAGUAUUUGGUCACCUUCAAACAAGAAAGAUUUCUGGCUCUCACAGACCUGUAACUUCUUCUUUAAGAGGCUCCUCUGUCCUCCACUCGUUACCUGUAUUAAUGGCACCUGUUUGAACUUGUUACCAGUAUAAAAGACACCUGUCCACAACCUCAAACAGUCACACUCCAAACUCCACUAUGGCCAAGACCAAAGAGCUGUCAAAGGACACCAGAAACAAAAUUGUAGACCUGCACCAGGCUGGGAAGACUGAAUCUGCAAUAGGUAAGCAGCUUGGUUUGAAGAAAUCAACUGUGGGAGCAAUUAUUAGGAAAUGGAAGACAUACAAGACCACUGAUAAUCUCCCUCGAUCUGGGGCUCCACGCAAGAUCUCACCCCGUGGGGUCAAAAUGAUCACAAGAACGGUGAGCAAAAAUCCCAGAACCACACAGGGGGACCUAGUGAAUGACCUGCAGAGAGCUGGGACCAAAGUAACAAAGCCUACCAUCAGUAACACACUACGCCGCCAGGGACUCAAUUCCUGCAGUGCGAGAUGUGUCCCCCUGCUUAAGCCAGUACAUGUCCAGGCCCGUCUGAAGUUUGCUAGCGUGCAUUUGGAUGAUCCAGAAGAGGAUUGGGAGAAUGUCAUAUGGUCAGAUGAAACAAAAAUAGAACUUUUUGGUAAAAACUCAACUCGUCGUGUUUGGAGGACAAAGAAUGCUGAGUUGCAUCCAAAGAACACCAUACCUACUGUGAAGCAUGGGGGUGAGUGAAAACCUCCUUCCAUCAGCAAGGGCAUUGAAGAUGAAACGUGGCUGGGUCUUUCAGCAUGACAAUGAUCCCAAACACACCGCCCGGGCAACGAAGGAGUGGCUUCGUAAGAAGCAUUUCAAGGUCCUGGAGUGGCCUAGCCAGUCUCCAGAUCUCAACCUCAUAGAAAAUCUUUGGAGGGAGUUGAAAGUCUGUGUUGCCCAGCGACAGCCCCAAAACAUCACUGCUCUAGAGGAGAUCUGCAUGGAGGAAUGGGCCAAAAUUCCAGCAACAGUGUGUGAAAACCUUGUGAAGACUUACAGAAAACGUUUGACCUGUGUCAUUGCCAACAAAGGGUAUAUAACAAAGUAUUGAGAAACUUUUGUUAUUGACCAAAUACUUAUCUUCCACCGUAAUUUGCAAAUAAAUUCAUUAAAAAUCCUACAAUGUGAUUUUCUGGAAACUUUUUUCUCAUUUCGUCUGUCAUACCUUUCCAUGGUAGCAAGAUCUUAUCUAUUUUUGCUAACUUUCUAUUAAAAUGUAUUGGAGUGAGAUCAUUUAUUACAUUUGGGAUAUGUAUUCUGAGUAUAUCCACAUCACCAUCAGACCAUUUUAUUGGUAAACUACAUGGUAAUGUAACAUUUUUAUUUUUUAGUGAUCCAAAACGUAAUAUAGUACAUUUAUCAUAAUUUGGUUGUAAUCUAGAGAGGUUAGAAAAUGUAUCUAGAUUCUCUAUGAGGCUGUGGAGGGAUUCAAGUUGUGGAUUUAAAAGAAAACAUGAAUCAUCAGCGUACAAUGACACCUUUGUUUUUAAGCCCUGGAUUUUGAAUCCCUUGAUAUUAUUGUUGGAUCUGAUUUUAAUAGCUAACAUCUCGAUGGCAAUAAUAAAUUGAUAUGCCGAUAGUGGACAACCUUGUUUCACUCCUCUUGACAGUUUAAAACUUUCGGAGAAAUAGCCAUUAUUUACUAUUUUACACCUAGGGUUACUAUACAUGAUUUUAACCCAAUUUAUAAGAGAUUGUCCAAAUUGAAAUGCUCCAGGCAUUUAUAUAUAAACCCCAGUCAUACUUUAUCAAAUGUCUUUUCAAAAUCUGCUAUGAAUAGUAGGCCUGGUUUCCCAGAUUUUUCAAAGUGUUCUAUUGUUUCCAGGACUUGCCUUAUAUUAUCUCCAAUGUAUCGCCCAUGUAAAAAACCUGUCUGAUUAGAAUGACUAAUAUCCGACAAUACAUUUUUAAUUCUAUGCACUAUACGUUUCGCAAUAAUUUUUGCAUCACAGCACUGAAGUGUAAGGGGCCUCCAAUUUUUUUAAUGGACUGGAUCUUUAUAUUUUCCACUUGUAUCCUGUUUCAGUAAUAAUGAAAUCAGACCUUCUUCUUGAGUGUCAGAUAAUCUACCAUUUACAUAGGAGUGGUUAAAACAUGCUAAUAACGGUCCUCUGAGUAUAUAAAAAAAGGUUUUGUAUACAUCGACUGGUAUGCCAUCCAACCCUGGAGUUUUUCCGGACUUAAAGUCUUUAAUUGCAUCCAGAAGUUCCUCCUCUGUAAUUUCACCUUCACAAGAGUCUUUCUGUAUGGCUGUUAAUUUUACAUUAUCAAUAGAAAAAACAUCUCUACAAUUAGCUUCAGUUAGUGGAGAUGGAGGCGACUGAAACGAAAACAUAUGCUUAAAGUACUUUGUUUCCUCCUUCAAAAUAUCAUUUGGUGAAUCAUGGUUGACUCCGUCAUUUGUAACCAGUUUCAAUCAAUUCUUUCUGGUAGCAUUCCAAUGUUGAAGAUAAAAAAAUAAUUUGGUGCAUUUUCCCCCAUAUUCCAUCCAGUUUGCUUUAUUUGUAUAAUAUAUUACACUUGAUCUUUCUUGAAUAAGUUUCUCCAUUUAUUUUUGUUUUUCCUCUAAUUUAUUCUGAGCCUCUAUGUUACAGUUUUUAUUGCCAUCUAUCUUUUCUGACUUUCUAUUUCCUUUGUUAGUGUGGAUUCUUUUUUCUUAUUUUUUUGGUCAUUUAGCAGACGCUCUUAUCCAGACCUAAAUUGAUUUUGUUUUCGAGAUGAGUACUGAAUUGCAUGGCCUCUAAAGGCACAUUUAAAGGUGUCCCAUACAAUAAGGGGAUUUGCUGUACCUAUGUUAUGUCGGAAAAAAUCUGUUAUAAAUUCCUCUGUCCUAGUUAAAAACAAGUUAUCAUCCAAUAGGCUUUGAUUACAUUUCCAAUAUCCUCGCCCACGUGGAAAUUCAGUAAGAGUAAUGUAUAUGCCAAUUAUGUGAUGGUCAGGGGCCUCCUGUAGCUCAGUUGGUAGAGCAUGGCGCUUGCAAUGCCAGGGUUGUGGGUUCGAUUCCCACGGGGGGCCAGUUUGAAAAAUGUAUGCAAUAACUAACUGUAUGUUGCUCUGGAUAAGAGCGUCUGCUAAAUGACUAAAAUGUCAAAUGGUCCGACUGCAUUCUGUCCCCUAUCAACACUUUUUAAACUUUUGGUGCCAACGAAAAUGACAUAAGAAAGAAGUCAAGACGACUAGCUUGAUUGAGUCUCUGCCACGUAUAUCUCACUAGAUCAGUGAGAUAGUCCUCUGUAGCUCAGCUGUAGUUUCGUGGUCCUCUGUAGCUCAGCUGGUAGAGCACGGCGCUUGUAACGUCAAGGUAGUGGGUUCGAUCCCCGGGACCACCCAUACACAAAAAAAUUAUAAUGUAUGCACGCCUGACUGUAAGUCGCUUUGGAUAAAAGCGUCUGCUAAAUUGCAUAUUAUAUUAUAUUAUAUCAGGAUAUUUAAGCCUCCAUAUAUCUACUAGUUCUAAUGUAUCCAUGACAUUCACGAUUUCCUUAAGAGCAUGAGGGUGAUUGUUUGUGGUGUGAUUUCCUUUACGGUCCAUUGAGCUAUUUAAAACGGUAUUAUAAUCUCCCACCAUAAUAAUAUUGUCUUGAGUUGCUUGCAGAGUUGAUAAGUUAUUUUAUAUAUUGUAAAAGAAGUGUGGAUCAUCAUUAUUUGGUCCGUAAAGGUUAAUGAGCCAUAUCUGUUUAUGGUCCAAUAACAUAUUUAAAAUAAUCCAUCUACCUUGCUUAUCUGCCCCAACCCAGAACUACAUGCUUCUCCUCCUGCUUCUCCUCCUGCUUCUCCUCCCCAGUGCUACCUGCUUCUCCUCCUGUAGAUGAUAGUGGAAACCAAAAAGGGUUCUACCUGGAACCAAAAAGGGUUCUAUCUGGAACCGAAAAGUGUUCUACCUGGAACCAAAAAGGGUUCUACCUGGAAACAAAAAGGUUUCUUUAAAAUGUUGUCCUAUGGGGACAGCCAAAGCACCCUUUUAGGUUCUAGAUAGCACCUUUUUUUUCUAGGAGUGUAUGAUUUUCACAAUGUAGGUUUCUCCCAGUGUUUUCCUAAUGUCAUCCGUCCAAUCAGACGAUAAACAGCAGACGAACAGGAUGUGGGUACAUCAUGUCAGAACUUUACAUGGGUCUUUAAUAGCCAGAGUAUAAAGCCUCUAGAAUGUUUCCUAAGAGAGUCAUUAGAGAGUUGUUUGGGUUAGGGUUAGCAGUCCCCACAUGAACAAAUACUACAGUACUUACUAUAGAAUUAUUUAGUAAACUGUAGUAUAUUGUAGAAUACUGUACUACAAACUGCAGUAUCCCUUGAACAUGUGUAGUACUGUACUUACUAUAGAAUGUUAUUGGUAUACUGUAGAAUACUAUAGUAAAUACUACAGUAUUAUCUGCAAUUCACUACAGUCCGCAAAACACUACACUCUUUUAACUAUAGUAAAUACUACCGUAUUUAAUUUGCAUAUACCUCAUCCGUUCCCAUCCCCCAUAUCCCACUUUGUACCACCCAUAAGUGAGAAACCUACAUGCCAAGUAUAGACCAUAUAUUGUGUUCCCUGCAGAUCAUAGAUGAGAGCAGAAGCUCUGAACUAGCUGUUCCUACCAACAGGUUAUGGAAAAUAUGCUAUUUUAGUAUUUCUCCAGUAGGUUUCCUGAAGGAAAAAGCCUCCACUUCUAUGUCAAAGACAAUAAAACUAAAACACUGUUGUAAAUACUACAGUAAUAUCUGUAAAAAAUACUACAGUAUACUACAAUCGAGAGCAUUUUGACUGGCUGCAUCACCGCUUGGCAUCCGACCGCAAGGCGCUACAGAGGGUAGUGCAUAGUCAAAUUCCUCGUGACCGUGUAGUCACGGUAACUAGGCUUCUCCAAGCUCUGAUGCUGCUGAUGGUCAUUAGUAGCCUACCAAACUUGCUAUCUGCCUGGUACUCAGCACUCUAUUGUCCCUCUAAUCACUCUGACAUCAAUGCAAAUGUCAUCCAAAAUCUAAUCAAACGCUUCAUGAGAGCCCAUGAGCUCAUUUUGCGCAACAUUUCUAUAGGCUAUGCAAUUGCGUGAGAAAACAGAGUGAUGGCCUCUAUUACAAAGAGGAGGAUACCAUCAGCUUUCCAUAGGCUAGGCCUACUAUAUUUAUUUCUCAAUCUUCCUAAUAUUAAGCACAUUGCUUCUCUUUAAAACAGGACUAUAGCCUACCUGGCUGGCAUGAAAAUAAACCACGGGGGAAAGCGUCCUCCAUUCGCUAUUUAAGUGCAUAGAUAGAUGACAGUUUCCGCUGCCCCUGUUUUGAUACAGGUGCAUGAUAAUGGUAUAUUCUAAAUCAAAACAAAUGUCGCACUUAUAUUAUUUAGUGUAUGUAAAGACAAGACUAAAUCAAGAAUAACUAAUUAAUGGUAAAUUACCUUGAGACCCACAGUUAUUUGCUUGACAAUCACCGGCUGACAUUUUUACAUUUACAUUUUAGUCAUUUAGCAGACGCUCUUAUCCAGAGCAUACCUACAUACAUAACUUUUUUUUUGUUACUUUUUUCAUAAUGGCCCCCCGUGGGAAACGAACACACAACCCUGGCGUUACAAACGCCAUGCUCUACCAACUGAGCUACAUCCCGUGUCGUGACCGCCACAGCCCUAGUAGUACAUCACUGGGGCCAAGCUUCCUGCCAUCCAGGACCUCUAUACCAGGCGGUGUCAGAGGAAGGCCCAGUACAUCACUGGGGCCGAGCUCCCUGCCAUCCAGGACCUCUAUACCAGGCGGUGUCAGAGGAAGGCCCAGUACAUCACUGGGGCCGAGCUCCCUGCCAUCCAGGACCUCUAUACCAGGCGGUGUCAGAGGAAGGCCCAGUACAUCACUGGGGCCGAGCUUCCUGCCAUCCAGGAUCUCUAUACCAGGCGGUGUCAGAGGAAGGCCCUAAACAUGUCCAAAGACUCCAGCCACCGAAGUCAUAGACUGUUCUCUCUGCUACUGCACGGCAAGCGGUACCGAUGCAACCAACAGGACCCUGAACAGCUUCUAACCCCAAGCUAUAAGACUGCUAAAUAGCUACCUGGACUAACUUACUUGACUCAGCAAAUACACUGCUGAUUUUUACUAUUUGCCACUUUAUUCCUAGAUGUACAUACAUAUCUACCUCCAUUACCUCGUACCCCUACACAUCCACUCAGUAUUUUUGCUAUUUUACCCUUAUUUUACCAGGUAAAUUGACUGAAAACACAUUCAUAGCAACAACCUGGGGAAUAGUUACAGCAGAGAGGAAUGAGCCAGUUGGAAGCUGGGGAUGAUUAGGUGGCCAUGAUGGUAUGAGGGCCAGAUUGGGAAUUUAGCCAAGGACACCAGGGUUAACACCCUACUCUUACGAUAAGUGCCAUGGGAACUUUAUUGACCACAGAGAGUCAGGAUACCUGUUAAACAUCCCAUCCAGAAGACAGCACCCUACGCAGGGCAAUGUCCCCAACUGGGGACAUUGGUAUAUUUUUUUUUAAGACCAGAAGAAAGAGCGCCUCCUACUGGCCCCGACAACACCACUUCCAGCAGCAUCUGGUCUCCCAUCCAGGGACUGACCAGGUCCAACCCGGACCAACCCUGCUUAGCUCCGCCAGCAGUGGGAUGCAGGGUGGUAUGCUGCUGGCGUACCCUGUGUAUAUAGCCAAGUUAUCGUUACUCAUUGUGUAUGUACUCCUGAGUGGCGCAGUGGUCUAAGGCACUGCAUCGCAGUGCUAACUGUGCCACUAGAGAUCCUGGUUCGAAUCCAGGCUCUGUCGCCGCCGGCCGCGACCGGGAGACUCAUGGGGCGGCGCACAAUUCGUCCAGGGUAGGGGAGGGAAUGGCCGGCAGGGAUGUAGCUCAGUUGAUAGAGCAUGGCGUUUGCAACGCCAGGGUUGUGGGUUCGAUUCCCACGGGGGACCAGUAUAAAAAAAAUAUGUAUUCACUAACUGUAAGUCGCUCUGGAUAAGAGCGUCUGCUAAAUGACUAUAAUGUAAUGUGUAUUUAUUAUUAAGUGUUUUACUUUUCUAUUAUUUCUCUAUUUUCUUUCUCUCUGUGUUGUUGGGAAGGAAGGGCCCGUAAGGAAACAUUUCACUGUUAGUCCACACCUGUUGUUUACGAAGCAUGUGACGAAUACAUGUUGAUUUGAUUUAGUAAAUACUACAUUAUUAAUUUUAGUGAAUACUACAGUAAAGUCAGCAAAAACACUACAGUGAAUACUAUAGUAUUUAUGCCAGAGUAUACUAUAGUAUUUAUGCCAGUGAAUACUAUAGUAUUUAUGCCAGAGUAUACUAUAGUAUUUAUGCCAGAGUAUACUAUAGUAUUUAUGCCAGAGUAUGCUAUAGUAUUUAUGCCAGAGUAUACUAUAGUAUUUAUGCCAGAGUAUACUAUAGUAUUUAUGCCAGCGUAUACUAUAGUAUUUAUGCCAGAGUAUACUAUAGUAUUUAUGCCAGAGUAUACUAUAGUAUUUAUGCCAGAGUAUACUACUACAGUAAAGUCAGCAAAAACACUACAGUGAAUACUAUAGUAUUUAUGCCAGAGUAUACUAUAGUAUUUAUGCCAGUGAAUACUAUAGUAUUUAUGCCAGAGUAUACUAUAGUAUUUAUGCCAGAGUAUACUAUAGUAUUCAUGCCAGAGUAUGCUAUAGUAUUUAUGCCAGAGUAUACUAUAGCAUAGAGUAUACUAUAGUAUUUAUGCCAGAGUAUACUAUAGUAUUUAUGCCAGAGUAUACUAUAGUAUUUAUGCCAGAGUAUACUAUAUUAUUUAUGCCAGAGUAUACUAUAGUAUUUAUGCCAGAGUAUACUAUAGUAUUUAUGCCAGAGUAUACUAUAGUAUUUAUGCCAGAGUAUACUAUAGUAUUUAUGCCAGAGUAUACUAUAGUAUUUAUGCCAGAGUAUACUAUAGUAUUUAUGCCAGAGUAUACUAUAGUAUUUAUGCCAGAGUAUACUAUAGUACUUUUUUAUGUGGGGAGGUUAUUGAUUUAUCUUAUUGUAUUAAUUAAUUAAAAUCUAUUUUUCAAAAGAGACCUGGUCCAACCAUGACAGCAGCAGAGGGGAACAGUUUCAGACACAUUUCAGACAUAACAACUUACAGACAUAGACACACCAGAAAACAAAAUAUAGACGUAUACACAUACAUUACAAUUACAGAAACAUACAAGCGUCGUAGUUUAAAAUCAAUCAUACAGUAUGUACCACUGCAUGAAGUCCCAAUGACAAUCACAUUCCUCAGUAACAUGCCGAGUCAACCAAACUUUUAAACUCCUCCAAGGAAACAAGAUCCUGGAGUUUCAAGCUGGUCUGGAGAUAAUUCCAAGACCACUGAGCUGAGUAACUAAAAGAUCCGUUCUGAUUUUAGGAACCGUUAAAAGUAAGUAGGAGUGAGACAGUAACUGGUAUUUAUUUUCUGACCUUAUCAAAGAAGAACAGAGAUAAAGUGGGAGUUUUCCCAAAGUGGCCUUACAGAUCAUAGUACAUCAAUGUUUAAGCCUACGUAGAGUCAACGAAGACCAGCCAACACCACUAUAGAGAUCACAGUGGUGUGAACACUUUCCCUUUAGAUAGGCCCGCUGCAAAGUCAAAUAUAUAUAGACAGUAAAAAUUCAUGAAAACAAAAAAUAGCUUUUUGGUCUUAAUUUAAGGUUAGGGUUAGGCAUUAGGGUUAGCAGUGUGGUUAAGUUUAUGGUUAAGGUUAGGGUUAGGCAUUAGUUUAUGGUUAAGGUUAGGUUUAAAAUCAGAUUUUCUGACUUUGUGGCUGUGCUAGCUAGUGACCACUCUUCAGAGCUGCCUCCAGGGCAAGAUUCAUGACGAAAAACGCUAAACUGCUAUUGGCUCUCCUUACCCUUCCAGCUAAUGACCACAGAACCUUCUAUUAACAAAAACAUACCCAGGCAGGGAUUGAUCUCAGAUGAACAUCCAAUUAAAAACACUUUCUAAACCAGCCAUGGUAAACACUGACAAUGUAAUCAGCAAAAACAAAUAGCAGAGAAGUUUGAUUUUGUAAUGAGAUAAUUGAAAGUGGAAGAGCUGAAGGAAUGCUAUAGACUCUCCUAGACGGCAGGUAGCUUAGUGGUUAAGAGCGUUGUGCCAGUAACCGAAAGGUCGCUGGUUCUAAUCCCUGAGCUGACUAGGUGAAAAAUCUGUCUGUGCCCUUGAGCAAGGCACUUAACCCUAGUUGCUCUGGAUAAGAGCGUCUGCUAAAUGACUUAAAUGUAAAGGAGACAACAUAGAAAAUCCUUGACGUGUCUGAAAGCUGAAUCAGUCAAUUUAGUGAUCUGCUAACGGAGCGCUAGUGGUUGGCUAUCAUGCACCUCUGCACCCACUGUUGGGAUUUCAGAUCCCUUUUGGAUAGCCCUAGCCUAGGGGCUCUAUUUUCUGCUGGCGCUACGGUGGCACAAGUUCGUUUUUUUCAACCCAUGCGCCCGUCUCAGCAAUUUACCUCUCUAAUAUCAGCUCGCUCGCACUGAGGUGGGAGGGGUUGCAAUAUUUGAGGUGCGUCCUUAAAAACAAGCGCAAAAGUGACAGUUUCAUGCAGCGCAUAUUGGAAGAUUUAAGACCAACGUCUUAGUGCUAACAGGGUUGGUAAUGAUUGGGAGGUUUAAGACCCACGUCUUAGUGCUAACAGGGUUGGUAAUGAUUGGGUGGUUUAAGACCCACGUCUUAGUGCUAACAGGGUUGGUAAUGAUUGGGAGGUUUAAGACCCACGUCUUAGUGCUAACAGGGUUGGUAAUGAUUGGGUGGUUUAAGACCCACGUCUUAGUGCUAACAGGGUUGGUAAUGAUUGGGAGGUUUAAGACCCACGUCUGAGUGCUAACAGGGUUGGUAAUGGCAUGGAUUGUGGCAAUGGAAGCACAGCCUAUCCAGCCGUGACACACAGUGACCUUAUGCUCAUGGAACAGGAGAGUAGAUGUGCUUUUUGUGCCAGUAACACUCGUAUUUUGAAACAUGAAAAGACAAACGUUUUUUUUCUCCAUUUGGUUUCAUUUGAUUAAAACCUUAUAGACUCCCCUCUCCUCAAUGAAGGCAGUAUUUUUGUCCUGUCCAAUGUGUUCGCCAAGUAGCCAAGCCUAUCAAUAAAGGGUUUGACUCGUGAGACUGGUUUGAAAUCAAUGUUAAUCACCAAACCUUUAUUAAAAGAUCAAGUUUGGGAACAGCAAGACAGUGAGUUGACAUCCCCUUUAUAUCUAUGUAUUGUGUAGGCCUACAUUAUGUUAUCUAUGUAUUGUGUAGACCUACAUUAUGUUAUCUAUGUAUUGUGUAGGCCUACAUUAUGUUAUCUAUGUAUUGUGUAGGCCUACAUUAUGUUAUCUAUGUAUUGUGUAGACCUACAUUAUGUUAUCUAUGUAUUGUGUAGGCCUACAUUAUGUUAUCUAUGUAUUGUGUAGGCCUACAUUAUGUUAUCUAUGUAUUGUGUAGGCCUACAUUAUGUUAUCUAUGUAUUGUGUAGGCCUACAUUAUGUUAUCUAUGUAUUGUGUAGGCCUACAUUAUGUUAUCUAUGUAUUGUGUAGGCCUACAUUAUGUUAUCUAUGUAUUGUGUAGGCCUACAUUAUGUUAUCUAUGUAUUGUGUAGGCCUACAUUAUGUUAUCUAUGUAUUGUGUAGGCCUACAUUAUGUUAUCUAUGUAUUGUGUAGACCUACAUUAUGUUAUCUAUGUAUUGUGUAGGCCUACAUUAUGUUAUCUAUGUAUUGUGUAGGCCUACAUUAUGUUAUCUAUGUAUUGUGUAGACCUACAUUAUGUUAUCUAUGUAUUGUGUAGGCCUACAUUAUGUUAUCUAUGUAUUGUGUAGACCUACAUUAUGUUAUCUAUGUAUUGUGUAGGCCUACAUUAUGUUAUCUAUGUAUUGUGUAGACCUACAUUAUGUUAUCUAUGUAUUGUGUAGGCCUACAUUAUGUUAUCUAUGUAUUGUGUAGGCCUACAUUAUGUUAUCUAUGUAUUGUGUAGGCCUACAUUAUGUUAUCUAUGUAUUGUGUAGACCUACAUUAUGUUAUCCAGGUCCCGUUUUGGACAUAUGUAUAACUCCCUCCAUGUAGGUUACAUGUCCAUAUGUCCAUCAUGAAACCAGAGAUGAGAUGAUGCUGGUGACUCUUGUAUUCAGAACUUAUUUUCCUGUAACAAUAUGUUCUGCCCCCAGAGCCCUUGCUUGUUUUUUGUUUAAUGUCCAUAUGUCCAUAACGUAACAUAAACAAAUGAAAAUGAAAGAGUUGCAAAUGAAAAGCCAUAUCUCAGACUGGCCAAUAAAAAGAAAAGAUUGGGCAGUCUGAGAUAUGGCAACUCUGCCUAGAAGGUCAGCAUCCCGGAGUCGCCUCUUCACUGUUGACGUUGAGACUGGUGUUUUGCGGGUACUAUUUAAUGAAGCUGCCACAACAGUUUUCAGCUGUGCUAACAUAAUUGCAAAAGGGUUUCUAAUGAUCAAUUAGCCUUUUAAAAAUGAUAAACUUGGAUUAGCAAACACAACGUGCCAUUGGAACACAGGACUGAUGGUUGCUGAUAAUGGGCCUCUGUAUGCCUAUGUAGAUAUCCCAUUAAAAAUCAGCCGUUUCCAGCUACAAUAGCCAUUUACAACAUUAACAAUGUCUACACUGUAUUUCUGAUCAAUCUGAUGUUAUUUUAAUGGACAAAAAAACGUUUUUAUUUCGAAAACAAGGACAUUUCUAAGUGACCCCAAACAUUUGAACGGUAGUGUAUAUGGCUAUAUACCUAUUCGUCUGUAUUUCAAAUAAAAAACGGAAAUAUUAGAUUUACAUAAGUAUUCCGACCCUUUACUAUAGAGUCCAAGAUGGCGUAGCAGUGCGGUUGUGUACUCUGUAGUGUGUCCGUGGAAAUAGCCUGUUUUUUACUGAAUUACUGGACCUUUAACACCGGAUCAUCGCAUCUAGCUAGCUGCAACCGAAUGGAUGUUGUGGUUGGCUAAUCAGCCUUGAGCUAGCCUCGAGUCAAGCCCAUCUGCCGGCUAUCUACCUCUCUGUCAACCGGACGGGACCUCCUAGUGUUGACAUGGAGCCCCGCCGAUCCAUCACGACUGGUCUGCCGACGUAAUCGUCUAUGGUUUCAACAGGCUUCCCGUUGCGACGACCACGAAGAUCCAUCUGCUAGCCCCGGCCCGCUAGCACACGGAAUUCAACAGCCGUGCUUCCUGCUCGCCUGUGCUGUAGUACCAAUUCGAAUGGCUCUCGGACUCACAUAUUGCUGUUCACUGGACAUUAUGAUCACUCAGCAGCACAGCUGAUCCCUGCUGGACUGUUCCUUUACACGGUACCCUGUCCUGUUUUAUCUGUUUAGCCUCAGCCCAAACUUUCAUCACCAUUACCAGUUGUUGUCUUAGCUCUCUCUAAUAACACCUGUGAUUGCUUUAUGCCUCUCUCCCAUGUCAAUAUGCCUUGCCUAUUGCUGUUCCAGUUAGUUCUUAUUAUACAAUUUCACUGUAGAACCCCAAGUCCCUCUCAACCUGCCUCAAAUAGCUCCUUUGUUCCACCCCCCAUACACGCGGAGACCAGCUCAAUCGGUGCCUCCAGUGAUGCUAUAUCUUUCAUUGUUACCCAACGCUUAGGUUUACCUCUACUGUACUCAUAUCCUUCCAUAUCCUUAUCUGUACAUAAUGCCCUGAAUCUAUUCUACAACGCCUGGAAAUCUGCCCCUUUUAUUCUCUGUACCCAACGCACUAGAAGACCAGUUCUUAAAGCCUUUAGCCGUAUCCUUAUUCUAGUCCUCCUCUGUUCCUCUGGUGAUGUAGAGGUUAACCCAGGCCCUGCAGCCCCCAGUAUCACUCCUGCUCCCCAGGCGCUAUCAUUUGUUGACUUCUGUAACCGUAAAAGCCUUGGCUUUUUGCAUGUUAACAUCAGAAGCCUCCUCCCUAAGUUUGAGUUAUUCACUGCGUUAGCACACUCCGCCAACCCUGAUGUUCUAGCAGUGUCUGAAUCCUGGCUUAGGAAGGCCAUCAAAAAUUCAGAAAUGUCCACCUUCCGGAGACAUUUGAAACCCCACCUCUUUAAGGAAUACCUGGGAUAGGCUAAAGUAUUCCUUCUAACCCCCCCCCCCCCCCCCCCCCCCCCCCCCCAAAAUUGUAAAGUGGUUAUCCCACUGGCUAUAGGGUGAACGCACCAAUUUGUGAGUCGCUCUGGCUAAGAGCGUCUGCUAAAUGACGUUAAUGUGCCCUUGAGCAAGGCACUUAACCCUAAUUGCUCCUGUAAGUCGCUCUGGUUAAGAGCGUCUGCUAAAUGACUAAAAUGUAAAUGUAAAUGUAAACUACAACAUUUUCCGUCUGCAGAGCUCUAUCAUACUAUCCAGGUCUGUGCCCAAACAGUUUGAGCUCCGUCUUCUAAAAAUCCACCUUUCCAGAAAUAAGUCUCUCACUGUUGCCGCUUGCUACAGACCCCCUCAGCCCCCAGCUGUGCCCUGGACACCAUAUGUGAAUUGAUUGCCCCCCAUCUAUCCUCAGAGUUCGUACUGCUUGGUGACCUAAAUUGGGAUAUGCUUAACACCCCGGCCAUCCUACAAUCCAAACUAGAUGCCCUCAAUCUCACACAAAUUAUCAAGGAACCUACCAGGUACAACCCUAAAUCUGUAAACAUGGGCACCCUCAUAGAUAUCAUCCUGACUAACUUACCCUCUAAAUACACCUCUGCUGUCUUCAACCAGGAUCUCAGCGAUCACUGCCUUAUUGCCUUCGUCCGUAACGGGUCCGCGGUCAAACGACCACCCCUCAUCACUGUCAAACGCUCCCUAAAACACUUUAGCGAGCAGGCCUUCCUAAUUGACCUGGCCCAGGUAUCCUGGAUGGAUAUCGAUCUCAUUCCGUCAGUAGAGGUUGCCUGGUUGUUCUUUAAAAGUGCUUUCCUCUCAAUCUUAAAUAAGCAUGCCCCAUUCAAAAAAUUCAGAACUAAGAGCAGAUAUAGCCCCUGGUUCUCCUCAGAAUUGACUGCCCUUGACCAGCACAAAAACAUCCUGUGGCGUACUGCAUUAGCAUCGAACAGCCCCCGUGAUAUGCACAUUUUCAGGGAAGUUAGGAACCAAUAUACACAAGCAGUUAGGAAAACAAAGGCUAGCUUUUUCAAACAGAAAUGUGCAUCCUGUAGCACUAACUCCAAAAGGUUUUGGGACCCUGUAAAGUCCAUGGAGAAUAAGAGCACCUCCUCCCAGCUGCCCACUGCACUGAGGCUAGGAAACAAUAUCAACACCGAUAAAUCUACAAUAAUCGAGAAUUUCAACAAGCAUUUUGCUACAGCUGGCCAUGCUUUCCACCUGGCUACCACUACCCCGGCCACCAGCUCUGCACCCUCCGCUGCAACUUGCCCAUGCCCCCCCCCCCCUUCUCCUUCACACAAAUUCAGACAGCUGAUGUUCUGAAAGAGCUGCAAAAUCUGGAACGCUACAAAUCAUCUGGCCUAGACAAUCUGGACCCUUUCUUUCUAAAAUUAGAAGCCGAAAUUGUCGCAACCCUAUUACUAGCCUGUUCAACCUCUCUUUCGUAACGUCUGAGAUCCCCAGAGAUUGGAAAGCUGCCGCGGUCAUCUCCCUCUUCAAAGGGGGUGACACUCUAGAUCCAAACUGUUACAGACCUAUAUCCAUCCUGCCCUGCCUUUCAAAAGUUUUUGAAAGCCAAGUUAACAAACAGAUCACCAACCAAUCCGAAUCCCACCAUACCUUCUCCGCUAUGUAAUCCGGUUUCCGAGCUGGUCAUGGGUGCACCUCAGCCAUGCUCAAGGUCCUAAACGAUAUUAUAACCGCGAUCGAUAAUAGACAGUACUGUGCAGCCGUCUUCAUCAACCUGGCCAAGGCUUUUGACUCUGUCAACCACCGCAUUCUUAUUGGCAGACUUAAUAGCCUUGGUUUCUCAAAUGACUGCCUCGCCUGGUUCACCAACUACUUCUCAGUUAGAGAUCAAUGUGUCAAAUCGGAGGGCCUGUUGUCUGGACCUAUGGCAGUCUCUAUGGAGGUGCCACAGGGUUAAAUUCUCGGGCCGACUCUUUUCUUUGUGUAUAUCAAUGAUGUCGCUCUUACUGCUGGUGACUCUCAGAUCCACCUCUACGCAGACGACACCAUUUUGUAUACAUCUGGCCCUUCAUUGGACACUGUGUUAACAAACCUCCAAACGAGCUUCAACACCAUACAACACUCCUUCCGUAGCCUCCAACUGCUCUUAAACACUAGUAAAACUAAAUGCAACCCGCCCACCCGACUAGAAUCACUACUCUCGGCAGGUCUGACCUAGAAUAUGUGGACAACUACAAAUACCUAGGUGUCUGGUUAGACUGUAAACUAUCCUUCCAGACUCACAUUAAGCAUCUCCAAUCCAAAGUUAACUCUAGAAUCGGCUUUCUAUGUCGCAACAAAGCCUCCUUCACUCAUGCUGCCAAACAUGCCCUCGUAAAACUGACUAUCCUACCGAUCCUUGACUUCGGCGAUGUCAUUUACAAAAUAGCCUCCAACACUCUACUCAGCAAAUUGGAUGUAGUCUAUCACAGUGCCAUCCGUUUUGUCACCAAAGCCCCAUAUACUACCCACCACUGUGACCUGUACGCUCUUGUUGGCUGGUCCUCACUACAUAUUCGUCGCCAAACCCACUGGCUCCAGGUCAUCUAUAAAUCACUGCUAGGCAAAUCCCCGCCUUAUCUUAGCUCAUCGGUCACCAUAGCAACACCCACCCGUAGUAUGCGCUCCAGCAGGUAUAUCUCACAGGUCAUCCCCAAAGCCAACACCUCCUUUGGCUGCCAUUCCUUCCAGUUCUCUGCUGCCAAUGACUGGAACGAACUGCAAAAAUCUCUGAAGCUGGAGACUCUUAUCUCACUCACUAACUUUAAGCAUCAGUUGUCAGAGCACCUUACCGAUCACUGCACCUGUACACAGCCCAUCUGAAAUUAGCCCACCCAACUACCUCAUCCCCAUAUUGUUAUUUAUUUUGCUCAUAUGCACCCCAGUAUCUCUAUUUGCACAUCAUCUCUUGCACAUCUAUCAUUGCAGUGUUAAUACUAAAUUGUAAUUAUUUUGCACUAUGGCCUAUUUAUUGCCUUACUUCCAUAACUUACUACAUUUGCACACACUGUAUAUAGAUUUUCUGUUGUAUUUUUGACUUUAUGUUUUGUUUACCCCAUAUGUAACUCUGUGUUGUUGUUUUUAACGCACUGCUUUGCUUUAUCUUGGCCAGGUCGCAGUUGUAAAUGAGAACUUGUUCUCAACUGGCUUACCUGGUUAAAUAAAGGUGAAAAAAUAUAUAUAUAGUUUGUUGAAGCAGCGAUUACAGCCUCGAGUCUGUGGAGGCAUCACCGGCUGGAUCACCCUUAUGUACAGUGCCUUGCAAAAGUAUUCAUCCCCCUUGCCGUUUUUCCUAUUUUGUUGCAUUACAACCUGUAAUUUAAAUUGAUUUUUAUUUGGAUUUCAUGUAAUGGACCAAAUUGGUGAAGUGAAAUGAAUAAAAUAACUUGUUUCAAAAAAAUUAUAAAAAAUAAAUAACGGAAAAGUGGUGCGUGCAUAUGUAUUCACCCCCUUUGCUAUGAAGCCCCUAAAUAAGAUCUGGUGCAACCAAUUACCUUCAGAAGACACAUAAUUAGUUAAAUCAAGUCCACCUGUGUGCAAUCUAAGUGUCACAUGAUCUGUCACGUGAUCUCAGUAUAUAUACACCUGUUCUGAAAGGCCCCAGAGUCUGCAACACCACUAAGCAAGGGGCACCACCAAGCAAGCGGCACCAUGAAGACCAAGGAGCUCUCCAAACAGGUCAGGGACAAAGUUGUGGAGAAGUACAGAACAGGGUUCGGUUAUCAAAAAAUAUCCUAAACUUUGAAAAUCCCACGGAGCACCAUUAAAUCCAUUAUUAAAAAACGGAAAGAAAAUAACAAACCUGCCAAGAGAGGACCGGCAACCAAAACUCACGGACCAGGCAAGGAGGGCAUUAAUCAGAGAGGCAACAAAGAGACCUAAGAUAACCCUGAAGGAGCUGCAAAGCUCCACAGCGGAGAUUGGAGUAUCUGUCCAUAGGACCACUUUAAGCCGUACACUCCACAGAGCUGGGUUUACGGAAGGGUAGCCAGAAAGAAGCCAUUGCUUAAAGAAAUAAAUAAGCAAACACGUUUGUUGUUCGCCAAAAGGCAUGUGUGAGACUCCCCAAACAUAUGGAAGAAGGUACUCUGGUCAGAUGAGACUAAAAUUUAGCUUUUUGGCCAUCAAGGAAAACGCUAUGUCUGGCGCAAACCCAACACCUCUCAUCACCCAGAGAACACCAUCCCCUCAGUGAAGCAUGGUGGUGGCUCCCAGUCCCUGUUGCUGAAAAACAUCCCCACAGCAUGAUGCUGCCACCACCAUGCUUCACCGUGGGUAUGGUACCAGGUUUCCUCCAGAUGUGACACUUGGCAUUCAGGCCAAUGAGUUCAAUCUUGGUUUCAUCAAACCAGAAAAUCUUGUUUCUCAUGAUCUGAGAGUCCUUUAGGUACCUUUUAGCAAACUCUAAGCGGGCUGUCAUGUGCCUUUUACUGAGGAGUGGCUUCCGUCUUGCCGCUCUACCAGAAAAGCCUGAUUGGUGUGGUGCUGCAUAGAUGUUUGUCCUUCUGGAAGGUUCUCCCAUCUCCACAGAGUAACUCUGGAGCUCUGUCAGAGUGACAUGGGGUUCUUGGUCACCUCCCUGACCAAGGCCCUUCUCCCCCGAUUGCUCAGUUUGGCCAGGCGUUCUUGGUGGUUCCAAACUUCUUCCAUUUAAGAAUUAUGGAGGCCACUAUUUUCUUGGGGACCUUCAAUGCUGCAGAAUUGUUUUGGUACCUUUCCCCAGAUCAGUGCCUCGACACAAUCCUGUCUCGGAGCUCUACGGACAAUUUAUUCGACCUCAUGGCUUGGACUUUGCUCUGACAUGUACUGUCAACUGUGGGACCUUAUAUAGACAGGUGUUUGCCUUUCCAAAUCAUGUCCAAUCAACUGAAUUUACCACAGGUGGACUCCAAUCAAGUUGUAGAAAUAUCUCAAGGAUGAUCAAUGGAAACAGGAUGCACCUGAGCUCAAUUUCGAGUCUUGUAGCAAAGGGUCUGAAUACUUAUGUAAAUAAGGUAUUUCUGUUUUUAAUUUUUAAUAAAUUUGCAAAAAUGUCUAAAAACCUGUUUUCACUUUGUCAUUAUGGGGUAUUGUGUAUAGAUUCAUGAGGACACAAAUUAAUUUAAUCAAUUUUAGAAUAAGGCUGUAAUGUAACAAAAUGUGGAAAAAGUCAAGGGGUCUGAAUACUUUCCGAAUGCACUGUACAUGGCUCAAACAUGGCAGUUUACAGUAGACAUAGCCCCUAUAUCAGUGUGAAUGUUUAACAAUAUAUUUCCAUAUUGAAGCCACGCAAUGAAUUAAAACAAUGUGGACUGCAAACAUGUUCAACAUAUUUAGCAAAGAUGGGGUAGGCCUACAUUAUAUUAUGUUGGUUUAGCAGGCUAUUUAACGAACUAGGCUAUAACGGACUAACAUCCUAAUUGGAGUUGAUGACAACGCAAUACACAAAAGACUCUAAAUACACAACUUGAAGCAACCACAUAUUUAGCCUUGGAGCACGUUCUGAUUGGCCAGUGAGGGGGUCAAGCCUUGACACACCUUCAACUUGUUUAUUCAUCAAAACCCUUUCGCCCCACCACCAGCUAGUGCACCCCAAAAUUCUGGUUGUGAAAAUAGCAAAAAUAUUUCUGACCCCCUGAAACCUACAGCACCCAUUCCGUUAGGUUUGUUCAAAUAGAGCCCUGAGUCUUGCUACAGACACAAUCCUAAGAGGGAAUCAUUGACGUGUUGAAUUAUUGAAAAACUAACCAGUAAGUUACAAAGCCUAUUUUCUGAAAACACCACUGUUUUGUGUGGUUGGGUAUCAUGCAUCUCUGCACCCACUCAAAUCACUUUGGAAAAGCCAGUCCGUUGUUUUGCCUUACCACUGUUCUCUGUCUUUUUAAAUCAUAAGAGACCGUUCUUCCAGUUGUGACGUUCCUGUGUUGUCCACCAGAGGGAGGUGUAGGACAAUAGAUUGAGGAGGUGUGCUCUUACCUAGAGUCUGGAAAGGCUGUUUAGAGGUAGUCGGCACGAUGCAUAAUGAUAAUAAAGGUGGCUGUGCUUUUACUGGUUGUUUCUCCUCCGUGCCGUUGUCACUCAAACACCCACACACACACUGAGCCCCCGCCCCCUCCGUGCCGUUGUCAGUCAAACACCCACACACACACUGAGCCCCCGCCCCCUCCGUGCCGUUGUCAGUCAAACACCCACACACACACUGAGCCCCCGCCCCCUCCGUGCCGUUGUCACUCAAACACCCACACACACACUGAGCCCCCGCCCCCUCCGUGCCGUUGUCAGUCAAACACCCACACACACACUGAGCCCCCGCCCCCUCCGUGCCGUUGUCAGUCAAACACCCACACACACACUGAGCCCCCGCCCCCUCCGUGCCGUUGUCACUCAAACACCCACACACACACUGAGCCCCCGCCCCCUCCGUGCCGUUGUCAGUCAAACACCCACACACACACUGAGCCCCCGCCCCCUCCGUGCCGUUGUCAGUCAAACACCCACACACACACUGAGCCCCCGCCCCCUCCGUGCCGUUGUCAGUCAAACACCCACACACACACUGAGCCCCCGCCCCCUCCGUGCCGUUGUCAGUCAAACACCCACACACACACUGAGCCCCCGCCCCCUCCGUGCCGUUGUCAGUCAAACACCCACACACACACUGAGCCCCCGCCCCCUCCGUGCCGUUGUCAGUCAAACACCCACACACACACUGAGCCCCCGCCCCCUCCGUGCCGUUGUCACUCAAACACCCACACACAGCCACACAAGCCCCCUGAGCCCCCGCCCCCUUCCAUUACAACUGUUGGAUUUUCAAAUCCAAACAACGACAGGUCUCAACCCCCCAUGAACAAUUAAACAUUUGAGAGAACCAAUCAAUGCGUCGGCUCAAUUUCUGAGCAGAUUCUGAGCAUUUACAACACCAGACAUGUGUUCUCUCCUCUACUGCACAUUUCCUGUGGGGAUUCUUAAUCCAAUGUUUUACGAAAGGAACUUAAAGUGUAACCACGAAUGUUCAAUGUCCGAUUACAUUUGAAGAUUUAUUGGAACAACAUUUUUAUAUAUGGGCUGGUGAACAUUGCUAUGUUUCAGUGGACCACAUUAUGAACAGAAGACAUACUGUAUAUACCUUCUGAUAUAGGAGCUGGUAGACUGAAUAAUGCUGAUGUUAUUAUUGAGCUGUUUUUGGAAAGCCAGACGAUGGUGAUGAACUAUGCCCAGUAG